AUGACGGCCGAGCGGCCGGUGACAUUGACUGGUGUUCUCUUUACAGAUAUGUGGAGAGAGCCGCUCUACGCGGUGAGCCGGACGCGUGAACGAUUGGGACAUAUUGACUUUGCCAUGGUGGUGCCCCCAAUCCGGGCGUUCAUCUACUACAUGCUGUGUCCCUUUCUCUGCUACCCGAUUGCUGCGCUAUACCUUUGGGGGUACUACCGCUGUUUGCGGACAGUCGUCUAUCCAAAGUCAUACCGGCGGGAGCGGUACGCCUCACAUGUAAUGUACGGCGUGCAGAAACGUGUAUACGAUGCAAAACAAAGGAAACUGCAUGAAACAAGUGUCAACGACGCGGAAGAGAUUCAACACGCUCUUGAGGUCACCAACGGGGCUAGAAACCACUUUGUGGAUGAUCCCAGCACAAAGGGUGUGGCGUACUUCGUUGUUGAGCAGAAAAUCAUGCGGGCAGAAGCGAUUUUUACGGGGGAGAAUUGGGCCUGGGCGUUCAUAUCAGACAGUUGCAGGUUUCUCACUCCGGUUAUUCUGGCGUACCUCUUUGUUCCGUCGUGUGGGCGACUAGGCAUUGACUUGCGUUUGUGGGCACAAGGGCGUCUGCGUUGGUGGCAGCUGCGCCACCCUGUGCUGAACUUUUUCAAAUCGUACCGUGAUUACAACAACUCCAUUAGGCGCAUCAACAUCACAAAGCCACCGCCAAAGGGGAAGAAGUCUUGGGCGAAGAAUCUGUAG